AUGCUGCUGGAUCAUUCCUCACCCCUCUCAGGAUACAUUAAACUUUUGUUCCUGGCCCUAGCUGUCCUUUUGGUCCUGGAUCAGGCUUCCCCAGCUGGAUGGGUCCAAAUGUGCAAUUAUGGAACUGGCCAGUGCAGGCCAACUUGCAAAGAAAAUGAAAGGAAAAAAGGAAACUGUGUGGGUAGAAGAGUUUGUUGCCUCCGUUUCCUAAGUAAGAGAUCAGCAAGCCUUCCGGAGAAACAAGAGAUGACAUGUAAGACUAUGGCAAGUGCAACUAACUAUCUAUUGCAGAUGCGUGACAAGAAUUUUAACAGACCUUACAAUGAGUCAGUGAAAUGA